AUGCCACAGCAGCACGGGAAUGCCUCAGAAACACAUUGCCAACCAACCCGGCCCUCUGUAUGCUGCUUUGGACGGAGUUGGCAAAAUGGACGUGGGUUGAAAUCGGUCUCUGAAUGGCAGUUGUGGAAAGUCACUCCUGGCAAUCACACCCUAUCUCUGCUGAGUAUGACCGAGACGCAUGCUAGCGGGUUGAAUGGAGCAAUCGGGGCUGUGCACCGACCAGAGGACGGACAGCAGCAGAGAGGGACCCCAUCUGGGAGCCACGGUCAGCCAGUGGCCCUCAGCGAUACUGAUGUGCAGAAGCAGAUUAAGCAUGUGAUGGCUUUUAUUGAACAAGAAGCUGAUGAGAAAGCAGAAGAAAUUGAUGCAAAGGAAGAGCUCAACAUUGAGAAAGGUCGUCUUGCACAAACCCAAAGACUGAAAAGGAUGGACUACUAUGAAGAAAAGCAGAUUGAGCAGCAGACAAAAAUUCAGAUGUCUAAUUUAAUGAAUCAAGCUAGGCUCAAAGUCCUCAGAGUGAGAGGUGACCUAAUUACAGACCUGCUGAAUGGAGCAAAACAGAGACUCGGCAAAGUGGUAAAGGAUACAACCAGGCACCGGGUGAUCCUGGAUGGCCCGGUCCCAGGUUUGUACCAAUUGUCGGCGCUCCGAAUGAUCGUUCGCUGCAGGAAACAGGAUUUCCCUCCGGUAAAGGCCGCAGUGCAGAAAGCGAUUCCUAUGUACAGAAGCGCUGCCAGAAGAGAUGUUGAUGUCCACAUUGAUCAGGAGGCUGCCCUGCCUGAGGAAAUAGCUGGUGGAGUUGAGAUCUACAAAGGGGAUCGUAAAAUAAAAGUUUCCAGUCCCCUAGAAAGCCAGCUGGAUCUCAUAGCCCAGCAACAGAUGAUGCCAGAAGUACCGGGUGCUUUAUGUGGUGCAAAUGCCAACAGGAAGUUUUUGGGCUUAGCCUUUGGGAGCGGUGGACGUGAUCCACGGCUCUCUGGGAAGAAGGUGUUCCGAUCUGUGCCACUGACGCCUUGGCAGACUCUCUGGCUCGUUCUCAGAGGUGCUCCUGAGCCACCUCCUUCCCACUUCUGCAGGAGCACCGUGAACUUGUGUCUACCUCCCGCUGCAUCUAACACCGUGCCUGCUAUACAGAGGCUGCUAUAUAAACACACGAAUAAAUAA